AUGUUCCAGCAGCACGAGGCUUACCGGAAGGCGACUUGCCUUUUCCUUGCCACUCUCGAGCACGAGCCCUGCAUCGCCGGCAAGACCACACCGACGGCAGUGACGGGUACAUCACAUUCUGGGCCACUGGACGGAGACACCAUCUCUCAUACAGAGAGAUCGACCGAGCUCUUUUCUGCCGCCAGGCAACCGUCUAGGCCUCGACGUCGACCGCGACGAGAUGUCCGCACUUUGGGGGACGAUCGCGUUUGGGGAGUACUUCUCCUCAAGUGCGAAGUCCGCUCAGAUCAGGAGCCCGCCGGUCCGCUACUUCCACAAGGCGAUCGCCAACACGCUCUUUUCCCGACAGGCCACCGGGAACGUCACAGAGACAGAGAUGGCCAUGAUCGACGUGGCACUCACAGGCAUCCCGUUGAGACUGAUCAACGGGACCCAGCUCCGAGGCAGCAGGUCCCACGGAGGCAUCACGGUCGCCCUUGUAGCCAGCUCCGCUCUUACAGGGACUGGGCUUCGAGGAACAGGACCAUCCGGCACAAGUGCACACUGCGGAUGGGCGGCUUGGUCACACCUCUUCUACGCGCCGUCGGCUUUACACCUGACAGAGAGGACGAGGUCGCACCACCCGAGAGGCUCGAUCUCGAGUACCUGAGGAACAGCGUCUUCUUGCAGAAGACGUCAGACGCCAGCCGACUCCUGUACCAGUUCACUCACGUUCAGCUCGGCGCUUCCCGCAUGUUGCUCCCCAGCCCCAGCUGGACGACGAUCAGAGGAGGGUCCAACGUCGAGUUCAACCCACCUCAGUCUGCUCUCUACACCGGAGAUCGCCGACCGCUAGAGACUACGCCACACCUCAGUCACACGAGCUUGACUACCACGCAGACGGACGAGCUCGAGCACUUGCACUUCGCCGGCUACGCCACCACCGCCAGACAGACCGCCGGACUGAAGGCGGCUCACCAGCACAUCGGCAUUCUUCAGCGGUGGAACAAGGCGCAGGACAAGAUCACCAGCAAGCUCAAGAGCAAGGUGAAGAAGAUGGCCGAUCAGAUCCGUGCCAUGCAGGACAAGCUGAGCUGUGUUGCCUCAGCUUCAGGAGGUGUCCACAGGACCGCAGUCGGUCCACGCCAGGCGAUCCCCUCUGAGGACGACGACGAGCCACACCACGACACCACCGGCGGACGACCACUACCUCCUGAGCCACCACGACACUCUUCCUUCGAGCCGCGACAGCAGCGGAAGAGGCGCUUUGGAGAGCCGCAGACAGCGAGACCAUCAGGCGCAGGAGCUGAGCAGACUUGCCAUUCAGGCGAUGCAGCUCCACUUCGAGGCCGACAGCGCCGACAGAUCCACACACCGCCGACGAGAGCUCCGCCGGACCAGUACGUGCCUUACACCACGAGCGAGCUGCGCCUACCACCGUCCCUACUUACACGCAGGAGAGCAUGCAGGAGGAUCUCGACGACUUCAUCUACGGACGCCGCUGAUGCUCUCUCCUGA